UUGACAGAAGUAGUAGAAAAGGAGCGAAAAAAAGAGAAGGAAAAGCUAGGCGUCCCAUCAUGAAGCUCAAGCAGCUCGAGGGUCUUCUCGGAGAUCUCGAACAGUUCCCCACUCCAAAGAUCGAGCUGGAGCAGUACCCAACUCGACCGCACAUCGCCUCAAGAGUGAUUUUUACGGCUGAAAAUACAUUUGGGGACAUAAGUAGCAAGGUAGUAGCAGACUUUGGUUGUGGCUGUGGUACAUUAGGUGUAGCCAGUGCUCUCUUGGGUGCAGAUCAUGUAAUUGGCGUCGACGUCGAUCCACAAUCUCUUGAAAUUGCUUCACUAAAUGCAGAAAAUCUGGAGGUGGACAUUGAUCUCAUUCAGUGUGACAUCAAGGAUAUUGAAUGGAGAGGUCUGUUUGUUGACACUAUUGUGAUGAAUCCUCCCUUUGGGACUAGAAAGAAAGGAUCUGACAUGGAGUUCCUUUCUAUGGCUCUGAAGGUUGCAUCCCAAGCAGUCUAUUCUUUGCACAAGACUACUACCAGGGAUCACAUUAAAAGAGCAGCGUUGCGGUCCUUUGGUGCCAGUAGUGCAGAAGUAUUGUGUGAGCUUAGGUACGAUGUGCCGCAGAUGUACAAGUUCCACAGGAAGAAAGAGGUAGACAUAGCAGUGGAUCUCUGGCGAUUUGUUCCAGGGCCGGCGAAGAAAAGUUGAAUUGGAGAAACAGAGAGAACCAGUUGGAAGGACCAUCUGCAUUUGCUCCUCGAUCAAUUGAAAUAUAUCUGAUGUUUGUUUAUCGUGGUCCUGCACUAGCGUAGGGACUCUAGGAUCCAAACUUGGAGCAGUUGUACAUCGGAAAUGAUUUGUGUAUACGCUAUUUAUCUUUUCUUUUUGCCCGCAGUUAUUUCAGUUUAGAUAGUUGCUUUCGGGCAAAAGCUUAGACGAUUCUCGUAGUCAAAGCUUAGAUAGUUGUUGUCUAAAUAUUGCACAUCCAAGAUUCCAUGUAGCGUAACGUAUUUGAAGAUGUAGCGUUUCGUACGUACAUUAUUGAUUA